GCCGGACGCCCGGUGCCCGCACCCGGUCCCGCCCCUCCCCAUCGCCCCGCCUCCAGCCCCGCCCCGCGCCCCACCUCCCGCCCCUGCCGGGUAUCCUCGGAGCUCUCGGCGCUUCGGGGCGGCGGGGGCGCACGGGGACUGCCCCGGACGGCGCGAUGGAGUCGAGCGGAGGCCGCGCGGAGGGCUCGGGCCGCGGCCCGCGGGUGCUGGUGGUGGGCAGCGGUAUCGCGGGGCUGGGCGCCGCGCAGAGGCUCUGCCGCCACCCGGCCUUCCCGCAGCUGCGGGUCCUGGAGGCCACUGCCCGCGCCGGCGGCCGCAUCCGCUCGGAGCGCGGCUUCGGUGGUGUGGUAGAGCUGGGUGCCCACUGGAUCCAUGGGCCCUCACAGGGCAACCCGGUCUUUCAGCUGGCUGCCAAGUACCAGCUGCUGAGGGAGAAGGACUUGUCAGAGGAGAAUCAGCUGAUCGAAACUGGGGGUCAUGUGGGCCUGCCCUCCGUGUCCUAUGCCAGCUCUGGGGUAAGUGUGAGCCGUAAGCUGGUAGUGGAGAUGGCGAGUCUGUUCUAUGGUCUCAUAGACCAGACUCGGGAGUUCCUACACACGCCUGACGCCCCAGUGCCCAGUGUUGGGGAGUACCUCAAGAAGGAGAUCCGUCAGCGCGCGGCUGGCUGGACAGAGGAUGAGGAGACCAGGAAGCUCAAGCUGGCCGUCCUCAACAGCUUCUUCAACGUGGAGUGCUGUGUGAGCGGGACCCACAGCAUGGACCUGGUGGCCCUCGUGCCCUUCGGGGAGUACACCGUGCUGCCUGGGCUGGACUGCACCUUUCCUGGGGGCUACCAGGGGCUCACAAACCACAUAAUGGCCUCCUUGCCAGAGGACGUGAUUGUUUUUAACAAGCCUGUGAAGACCAUUCACUGGAACGGGUCCUUCCAGGAAGCCUUGUCUCUUGGGGAGACGUUUCCAGUGUUGGUGGAGUGCGAGGAUGGAGCCUGCUUCCCUGCACACCACGUCAUCGUCACUGUGCCCUUAGGUUUUCUUAAAGAACAUCUGGACACCUUCUUUGAACCACCACUGCCCACUGAGAAGGCAGAAGCGAUCAGGAAAAUGGGCUUUGGGACCAAUAAUAAAAUCUUCCUGGAGUUUGAGGAGCCCUUCUGGGAGCCAGACUGCCAGUACAUCCAGGUGGUAUGGGAGGACACGUCACCCCUGGAGGACGUCGCGUCUGAGCUGCGGCACGUCUGGUUCAAGAAGCUCAUUGGCUUUUUGGUCCUGCCUUCCUUUGACAGGUCUGUCCACGUCCUCUGCGGCUUCAUCGCCGGGCUGGAGUCUGAGUUCAUGGAGACGCUGUCCGAUGAGGACGUGCUUCUGUCUCUGACCCAAGUGCUUCGCAGGGUGACAGGAAACGCCCAGCUCCCUGCGCCCAGGAGCGUGCUGCGCUCCCGCUGGCACAGCGCCCCAUACACCAGGGGCUCCUACAGCUACGUGGCCGUGGGCAGCACCGGGGACGACAUCGAUCAGCUGGCGCAGCCCCUGCCCAGGGAUGGAGCUGAGGCACAGGCUCUGCGCACAUCUGGCCUGAAGGACACUGUGGUUCCUUUCCUGUCUGUAGAUGCGAGUGUGCAACUGUGCAAGACUUUAUGCGUGUGUGUCUGUGAGUCUCUGGGCAGCUCCAGAUACUGUUUGCAGGGGAAGCCACACAUCGCACGUUUUACUCCACCACGCACGGGGCUCUGCUGUCUGGCUGGAGGGAGGCCGACCGGCUCAUCGCUCUGCGGGACCCACAGGCUCAGCUGCUUGGGCCCUGGCUCUGAGUCCUGCUUCUCCCCUUCUGAGCCCAGCUCCGCCCCUCCAGUGCCACGGGGAGGCUGACAGACAGUGUCUGUCCUGGCUUGAGAUUUGGGGAUGUUAAUGACAGCCUGCCUUUUCUGGUGACUGGAGGAAGCUCUCAUCUUUCAUGUCCUGAGUCUGGCCAGGGUCUAGCUAGAGCUGAGUGCGAAGUCUUCUUGGAGAAAUGAGACAUGGGAGGCCACCACUGCUGCUGGGGCAGGCACAUAAAGUCUGUUAACGCCUCCGUGUCUCCUCGUUCUUGCGGCUCAGGCCUGCGGCGCCCGUCACACCUGUGUUCACCAGGCCUGGGCCAUCGCUGGGCCAGGUGCCCCUCCCGUGAGUUCCCUAGACAUUGGGUGCUGUGGUUGCCCCUUGUCCCUGGCGCCUUCAGACAUUCCUGAGCUCUCACUGCCGGUCCCAGGACCACGGUGACAGAUAUUUAGUGGACACCAGCUGUGUGGCGCUGGUGGAGGGCCAGAGAGCGCGGACACAAGAGUACACAGGGCGCCCCAUCCUGACCUGGGGCCAGAGGCUUUCCAGAGGAUGUGAAUAAAAAAUCCCUCCAGAGUGCAGGGGGGUGGGAUGGUUGGGGAGUCAGGGGGAGUGGGGGGCAUGUUAGUGCAGUGGGCAGUGUUGGGGUAAGUGUGUCGGGAUGCCUGGGUGCUCAGCUCAGCUGACCCCAUCCUACCUGGCUGCAUUCUCAACGUGUCCCAGGAAUGGGUCACAGCGCUGCCACUUCCCAAUUGAGGGGACAUAAUAUGGAGGUCAAGGUCAGCCUCAAGGCUGCCCCCGCAGAGCUUGGUCUUCUUCCAAGGACAGGCCCAGGGAGGCUGGUGCUGUGGUCAGUGGCACUUGGGAGGAAGGUGCAGGCGAUGGGGCUCAUAGCCUUGCACCCACCCUGAAGCCAGUGGCUCCUGCCUCCCCUCGUGCCUCAGGCUGCAGCCAGUGAUGGGCUCUGGUGGGGGCGGCGGGGAGGACCCUGGCUGCAGGCACCAGCAAGCGUGUUUGUGUGUUUGGGGGAGGGGUCUUGGGGCCACACCUGCCUAGGCUCUUCUCCAGUCCCAAGUUGGCCCCAGCAUGCCCUGCAUGGACCCAUCUCGUUCUUCCCUCCCGGGUCAGAUGGCCCCUCCAAGGGGUCUUCCCUGCUGCUGUCCCAGAGUUCUGUAUGUGUGUCCCAUGCUCUGUCACUCUAGUGUUUUGUGUGGGACACCUGCCAGUCAGUUGUGGGAAAUCUGGAAGGUGACAGGGUUUUGUUUCAGGUUUGUGGUCCCAGGGCUCUGAGAGAUGCCGCUUCCCUCGGCCAUCUGUGUUGUUGACCUCCAAGGUUUCUUCAAGCUGCUUGCCUUGGGGAGACAUUUCUUGUACCCCAGGUGACAAAGGUGAGCAGGGCACCUGCUCCCCUCUUGGUGGGAGGGCUGCCCUGUGAGGCGGGGCCGGGGGCUGCGACCUCGUCCUCAUUCUCCUCUGGUGUCUGACUCCUCCCUUGAGUCCAUCAUCUCCGUCUGGGAGCCGCCUGGGAGGGCUUACCUCCCGCAGUCCUGGGAAUGUUUAGUGCUGAGACGGUCACAGUAGUGACAUUUUUGUGCUGAGAAUUCAAGCGUGUUUGGGGUUUUAGCAGCUUGUUCCAGAAAUUCCAUUAGAGUAACACUCUUGUACUCACCGUGUGCUGAGUAGUUGCUGGGAUUCAGAACUAAAGCUAAAACCUGACGCUACACAGAGUACGGACCGCAGGAAUCCUGGAUCCGUGUGUUGACAGUGGAGCAGGACUGCCGUCAGCGUUUCCAAAGGCUUUGUUUAAAAUGAGGCGUAUUUG